UUCCAGUUCUGGUGUUUCACUUCCCCUUUCCCUGCUUGGUUUCCCUCCCUGUUUCAGUCAGAUCAUGAGACUUCUGGUGUCUUUAGCAAACCACAGAUUAGAACCUCUUGAAGGUUUUACAGUAGCCAUGAGGUUCUGUGAGGUGCUGCUCCUCUUUGGUCUGCUCAGACUAACUUCAGGGCUGCCUGUUGCCUCGCCUUUCAGCCAGGCGCCGUUUCUCACUGUGUGGAACGCCCCCACAGAGAACUGCCUCUCCCAGUACGGCGUGGAUCUUGACCUGGGGAUGUUUAGCAUCGUCCAGAACCAAAAUCAAACCUUCAUAGGUGAAAACGUCACUAUUUUCUAUGCUGACAAGCUGGGUCUGUACCCUCGGUACUCAGCCCAGGGCGAGGCCAUCAACGGCGGGGUUCCUCAGAACAGCAGCCUAGACGCUCACCUCCGACUCGCAAGCGAAGAUAUCCGCUACUACAUCCCUGACAGAGACUUCCAGGGCCUGGCAGUGGUGGACUGGGAGAGCUGGCGGCCAGUGUGGGAGAGAAACUGGGACAGUAAACAAGUGUACAAGGAGGGGUCAAAAGCCCUGGUGAGGGCCAGGCAUCCAGACUGGAGUCCUGCUCAGGUGGAGGCAGCAGCUCGGCUGGAGUUUGAGCAAUCUGGGAGGAAAUUCAUGGAGGAAACACAGAAACUGGGGCAGAAAAUGAGGCCAAGUGGCUUGUGGGGGUUUUAUGGAUUUCCCAAUUGCUACAACUAUUACAACGACAGGAGCAUAAACUACACAGGUGAGUGUCCAGAUGUGGAGCUGAGCAGGAACGAUGAGCUGUUCUGGAUGUGGAACGCCUCCUCCGCUCUGUACCCUGACAUCUACCUGAGCCUGGACCUGCGAGGCCUCGGCAAAGAGGUGCUGCUCUACACUCAUCACCGCAUCCUGGAGGCCAUGAGGGCGGCAGAUCAGGUGACCCCGUCGCAGCUGCCCGUCUUCCCCUACGCCCGCAUCGUCUACACCUACACAUUAGAGUUCCUCUCCAAGGAGCAUCUGGUCCACACUGUAGGAGAGAGCGCUGCUUUAGGAUCUGCUGGGGUCGUGCUGUGGGGGGACCAUGCAUUCGAUAAAUCUAAGGCUACAUGUGAAGCAGUCAAGUCCUACAUUGACGAGACUUUAGGUCCCUACGUGGUCAACGUGACCUCAGCUGCCACGCUCUGCAGCCAGGCUUUGUGCUCCUCUCAGGGACGGUGUCAGAGGUCGGACCUGAAGUCGGGCGCCUACCUCCACCUCGACCCCGCAGCCUGGAAGAUCCUGUCUGAGAAGAAACCGGCAGGAGGGACAAACUACAGGGUUUUAGGGCAGAUGGACGCACAAAGUGUGCUGCAGAUGAAGUCUGACUUCCACUGCAGGUGUUAUCCUGGGUGGGAAGGGAGGGACUGCUCCACGCCAGUUUAGAGAUUACAA